AUGGCUCUGAAAGUUUGCAACAAUGAUACGCUACAUCACUUGAGACUAUCACCCUACUGGACACGGGUAUGGACGCUCCAAGAAUUCGCCCACAAGAACUCCGCCGUCCUCUGCCGUGACUCCCGACUCUUCGUCUUCUCAAGCCUUGCCCGUCUCCUCGCAGUGGCACCAAAAGAUGAGAGCGUACCAAGUCAGCAGGGCAUGGACCUACAUGUGGACCUCUACGAAUGGCAAGCAAUGGCAACGACACGGCCGUUCCGCGCAGCAACGAACCAACUUCGUCGCGUCCUUACAAUGCAAGCCUCAGAGCCGCGAGAUAAGAUCUUUGCGCUACGGGCACUGUCCCCAGGUGUGCUCGGCAAAAUGACGGUGGACUACCGGAAACCUGUCGGAGAGGUCUUUCGGGACGCAACGAGGCUUAUGGUUGAAGAGGAGGAUAGCUUGCGGGUACUGUACUUUUCUAACCGGAAGAAGACGACGGCCGGUGUUGCGUGGGAGACCAUGCCGUCGUGGACAGUCGACUUUGCGACUACGGAUUCUGAGGUGAGGGGGUCGUAUAAGUACUACUAUACCAGUCUUUGCGCAGCUUCUGCCGGCGCCAAGUCGUAUUUCGCGUUCUCUGGCGACGGGAGGAGACUUACUCUUCGAGGGGCACGUGUAGGGAAAGUAGGGAGUUUUGUGAGCGACAAAUUUCCUACCAAGAGCCAGUGCUCUGAGGGAAGAUGCCAUGACCAUGACAAGAUGAUGGCAGACAAAGACGAAGAGUGUGAGGAGAAGCGUCCCUUUCCGCACGUCUGCGAAAGCCCGUAUUUAGAUGUACUCGGCGAUUUCAUGAGGAGCGUUACGAGCACCAUCUGGGCAGGACCCAAGCUCGACGCUAUGGGCCGCAGUCUCUACGAGUUGCUGUGGUGGAUCAUCCAAGGGCCAAAGAAGCAUGAAUGGUCGACAUCCAUGUCAUCAACGUCAACUUCAACAUCCACAUCAUCAUCGUCAUCUUCCAACAAGGCGGUACGAGGUAUGUCAGUCGUCUCAUCACUCGUCAAGUGGGACUCGCGGCGCGGGUGCCAGUGCCGAGUCGAACUCCGGCUAGGACGUUUGUUCUACACACUUGACAGGAGGGCUGGAUUUGGAGUUGUUGGCGUUCGGGAGGGUGAUGACGUUUGCCUUCUCGCUGGGAUGGAUCAUCCGUUCAUAUUGCGGCCUUGUAAAGGUGAGAUCGGAAGGUAUACGAUAGUAGGACCAACAGUGUUUGCUGGUGCGAUGGGCGGUGAGAUGUGGCCGACCGAUGAGGAUGAGCUCGAGUACUUUGAGAUUGUGUAA